AUGAGCCAAAUCUCAGCACUGCUGCUGGCUGCACUCAGCAAACACCUGGAGCUUGCGACUCUGGCAGUGGAAUUUUGGAGCAGCUUGGCACUGCAGGACAUAGCAAGUUGCCGCGGCGACGCAUAUGCUGGCGACGGUCUCGUAGAGCCCUCGCAGCUCAUCCCUGCCUUGCUGGCCUUGCUUCAGUGCUCCAGUGGAGAGAUGCAUAGCGAAGCUUUGGAGGAUUCCAUCAAAAUCUGCCUGGCCUUCAGCAUCCAGUUGGAGGACGCGGAGCCGGGCAUCCAGCAGCUGAUUCUCUUCGUCCAGCAGCAGCUGCAGCGGACGCCCCGCGCAGCGUUGGGGGCCUGGGAAGCCUUGAUGGAGGCACCCUCCACUGCAGCCACCGUGUUGCUUCGCAGCCAGCUGUGCCACGUGCUACAGCUGCUGGCAUCGAAGCCGCCGCCAGCUCUGCAAGGCCAGGCUUUUCUGACCUGUGCGGCGGUGCUGCAGCGGCAAGGCCAAGAGGUGGCCGAAGAGUACAAGGAAACGCUGCUCCACCUGUCCCUCGACUGCCUCGGCACCGCUAGCCCCGCUGCCAGCGCCGCAGCGGCGCUGCUGCGGCCGCUGCUCAGCAGCAGCGCCGCGGCGCCGCAGCCCUUCGAGGCACUGGCGCAGCGGCUGCUGGCGCUGGCGGACGUGCCAGGGGCGGCCAGGACCGAGCUCUUGGAGUCCCUGAGUCAGCUGAUCUCGGGCGCGUCAGCGGAGUGUCUGCCCUGCUUCCGGCGGCUGCUGGCGACGCUUCGCGCAGCGAACGUGGAGGACCUCGGGGGAUGCGUCAAGGCCUUGACGCUGAGGUUGGGCCCACUUCUCCCAGCAGAGGAAAUGAUGCAGUGGUACUUGGCAUACGAGGAGUUACUUCCCGCUGCCGGCGCCCUGAUGACCGUGGCCGGGCACCUCCCCGCGCCCCUGGAGCGGAGCUUCUGGGAUGCCGUGGCGCGGCAGCUGGAGGCAACGCGACCGGAGGCCUGCAAGGCGACGUUGCAGAUCCUACUGGAGCUCCACGUCUCCCACGUCUCCCUUCUCUCGGACCACGCGUGUUCGACCUUGCCGCGCUUGCUGCAGCUAGCGGAGCCGGCGCAAGGUCCGGAGCUGUGCCCCCUGGCCCUGCGUUGCUUGGGCGCCUUCGCGGCCGCUUGGAGAGCGGAUGGAGAGCUUCAGCGGCCGGAGAUUCAGCAAGUGCUGAAGACCUGGAUGCGUAUGGAUUUGCCCUUGCCCGCGCACCCGCUCAAUGAUGCCUAUGAUGAUGUGGAUGAGGCCCCAAUCGAAGGAACAUCCUUGGCAGGGCUUUGGGGGAAGUGGGACAAAGAUGAGACCAUUCGCCGGUUUGCCCUCAUGAAUGGGACACUCUUGUCAUGGCCGUCCCCAAAGCAUACUGGAGUUAUCAACUUUAGCACCAUGGGCAGAAAUACUAGGGUGCUUUCCUACGUCAUGGAGAUCUGGGUUCCACAAGUCUCCACUGCCAAGACUAUCCACAUCGAUCACAUCCGUGACGAGGUGAGAACGUUCCGCUCCAAGCAGGGCUGGGAGGACGAUGAGGAUGCAGCUAUCAAGAGCCUCUAUGACAUCAUGGCGAGCUGGCCUGUUCUCAAAAAGCCCCGCACGCAGAGCCAAGAGUCCGUGGCCAACACAGGUGAACCAGCUGCUGAUGGCCAGGAUCUCCCAGGUGAGACCCCAUGCCUCAGCGAUGACUAUGGUGAGUCUGUCUUGGCAGAGUCUUUGGGUGUUGUACCUGUGGCCCAUCCUGUUGAGCCGAUGCCCGACUCACAAAUCCCCCCGGAUACUUUCAUGGCAAAUGAAGAUGCAGUUGGUUCUGGUGAGGUGGCCCUUGAAAUGGAAUAUGGAGAUUCCCAGGUCCCUGACAAUUUGAAUCAUGGUGACCAUGCACCACUAGCGGAUACCUUGAUUGACUCUCAGCCCAUGUCUAGUGGGGAAUCUUGCAGCCCUGCCAUCACACCUACGGAGAUGGAGGUUACGCCCAAAGCUUCCGAUGUGAUCGAGGUGGUGGCCUCCCCUGAUCGCCCAAUUACUACGACUGUGACAGAUCCAUUGCCUUCUGCCGGUAAGUACUCCCCAGAAGAUCUAGCCGCUUUGCAGGAGAAGAUCAAGAUGGUUAAGAAGCGGCUGGAGCAGCAAAAAGUCCAGUCUUCGGCUCGACCUUUGCAGGCGCGACAGGUGGCCACUGAUGCUCAGGUUGUGGAUGUGGAGGGUGGCAUGGAUAACACAGCCAAAGAUGUUGGGGAGGGGGACCAGAAAACAGGUGAUGAGGAUCUUUUUCAUGCCAACGAAGUCGUCACACGCAAAGACCAGUUUGAUGAGAGGAAUGCAUUGAACGCUGAGGCAAAGAAACGCAGCAAGGAGACUGAAGGAGGUGAAGGUCUUGAUGAUGAAGAAGGUGACGAGGAGCCCAAAACCAAGGCACGCAGCAAGGGAGGGAAGACAAAGGCAGAGAAGCAGAAAGCAGCACGAGAAAAGGCCAAGGCCAAGAAAGCUGCCAAAGCCGAGAAGGAAAAGCAAAAGAAGAAAGCAGCAGCAGAAAAGAAAAAGGCUGCAAAAGAAGCAAAGGCCGCAAAGAUCAAGGCUGCCAAAGAAGCAAAGGCCGCAAAGGCCAAGGCCAAAGCAGUUGCAAAGAAAGGCAAGAAUGCAGGAUCAAAGCGCAGAAAAAACCAGGAGACCAAAGAUGAAGAAAGCGAACCUCUGCCUGAAAGCCAUGAAGAAGUUCCUGCCCCUGCCGCCCCUGCCAUGCCUGAGCAGGAUCCUGCCCAUGACCGACCUGCUGUGGAGGCCCCUGCUGAUGACCCAGAGGUUGCCAGCAACCAGGCAGUUCAUGGAGGUGAUGGUGAUGAUGAAGUUGGUGAUGAAGCAGGUGGGAGAAAGUCCUUUGCCCGCCGGUAUCGCCCUGAGCGAUCAGACCCUGCAGCCCGCUUUGACGCGAUCAAGGACAAUUUCAAUUUGCACUUGAAGCACUUGCUGAACAAGGUAUUUGUGGUCAUUAUCAUCCUGAUUGGAUACCUCGACGUGGUUGAUAUGACGAAGAAUGAGUACGAUGUGCUGGAACUAUAUGCAGGUCAACAACGUCUUGUGAAACUUGCCAAGGGGCUCAAAAUGAAAACAGCAGCUAUGGACAGGGACUUCGAUACCUUGGGUGACAAUAAAUCCAAGAACAAUGCCAUGGACAUGAACACUUCUGGUGGCUUUGUGUUGUCCUGCGUCAUGGUGCUUCGAGCAAAGUGGGGAGCCUUUUUGGGCCUUCUUGGUGUUGUUUGCAGCACCUUUGUGAGUAUCUCCAGGGGCUCUACUAUGCGUACCCAGUUCUUGCCACAGGGAUGCCCCAUAUCUUUAGCUGUGUACAAGGCCAACAGAGGUCUAUGCAGACUAUAUCCUGCCAAAUUUGUUGGAAAGAUCUUGGAGUACAAGAAUAAAUUCUUCGAAACGAUGCCUGAACUUCCAGACCCACAGGUGGACGAAGAGCCCUCCGUGUUGGAGCUCUUACUGUCGAUGCCAACGGGUGACUGUUGGGAUGACGCGGAGCUGUGGACAGUGUAUGAGUAUUGUAGGGGGUCUCGGCACCUACAGCUGCCACCUGCCUACCGGGCUGUGCUUUUUCAACUUGAAGGGUCCAAUCGAGCCAUGUCGGAGAUGCCGGAUCCUGAUCCAGAAGCCAUGCAGGCAGAACUGGAACGACUGGAGGUUUUGAGUGAAAAGGCAAUUUACAUGCGCAUCAACCGAGUUUUCAAGAGAAGGCAAGAUGGAACUUACAUCCUAGAUGACAAGUGGAACAAAGCUUGGAGUGAUGUUGAUGGGGGCGGCCGUGAUGAGAUCUACAGCAUGUUCGAGAAAGUUGGAUACCAAAGGGACAGAUUCAUCAAACGCUGCAAGGCCAUCACAGAGCGUAUUUCAGAGGAAGCUAGUGAGAUUGAGGGAGAGUGGCUUACGGUGGCUGAUAUGCAGAAGAUGGAAUUCUCAGAGACCAAGAUCAAAGGCGUCAUGCGAUACUGUGAGACCAGGAAAACCAAGCGGCACAUCUCUACGGAGAUUUCCGAGUGGGAGGAGGAAGUGGGAAAGGACUCUGGCCAUGAUGUUCCAACCGAUGCUCCCGAGCUGGAGUGGGGAUUCAUGGAAGGCAACCAACAAGAGCAAACCCCGGCAGCACCAGGUCUGCUGCUGGACAAGGCCACUGAGGAAGCCGAUACGGCACCUGUCCAGGUGGAAUCUGAGGAUGUGAAACGGGAGAUGGAUAAGCUCCAGUUUCCACAGGUUGAGGGUGACACUGCCCCUUCAGCACUGGUCCCCAAAGCAUGUGGAAGCAUUCAGAAACAAGUUGGUAAGUUAGAAGCCAUGAUGGAGACUUGUAAGUCUGUUGGCCGUCUUACACCCUUGCAAGAGCGGAUGCAGAACAAGAUCAAGCAGGCCAUGGAUGCACUUGUUCAUCAUGAUGAACAACUUAUGGACAUGCACGGGGAAGGUAUCCUUGAAGGUGGCUAUACCAGGGCGACCAGAUUGCCCGCUUCUGAUGGCAAGGACAAGCCUCCAAAGGCUCCCAAGAUCCCCAAAGCGGCGGCCAAGAAGGCUGCUGCAGCAAAGCCUGGCGGACGCAGGCUGACUGCAGUGGAAGUUGCUUUUGUGGCCAAAGGUCAACGGGAGAAUACUCUCCCUGAACGCUUUAUUGACAAUCUUGCCGAUUCACUGGGUGAUGGUGCCACAGCUGCAAGCGCUGCCAGAUCUAUUCGCUCCCUGGAUCCACGAGCGUCAGGGAACGAUGACUACACUGACAUACAGAUGCUACAGCUGGACGUGUUCACAGCUGUGCUCAACUGCUUUGUGCUCUUCUUUGAUGGCAUGCAGCAAGGUUCCCUGGUGGCGAUUGAGCAGCUGUUGCCGGACAUUAUCACUUUCCUAGCCGACUGUUUGCACCGGCGCCCUGCGAAGCAAACGAUGCUAUGCUGCUUGGAGGUGCUGGCGGUGGUGGUGCUUUCCUACCCCAGCAGCUUGGAGGUUUUUGCCCAGAAGUUCAGCAACAAGAUGGUUGAAAAACUGGCAGAGAUGGCUGCCAAGUCGCCAGAACCGAAGAUCCAAGACUUGGAGAAGAUGUUACACCUCCUUUCUAACCAAAGUCCUGAGAACUGCGCUAUUAUUUUUGGUUGCAACUCUUAUGCCAAGUUUGCGAACGCCCCAUUGGUAAGGUUUGUGAUGAACGGUGGCUUGAUUGUGGGCACCAUGGAUGGUGCCAACAUCGAAAUCCGCGAGGAAUGCGGCAAUGACACAAUGUUCAUCUUCGGGUGCCAGGAACACGAGGUGCGGAAUGUAGAUCCCGGAGUUGGGAUCGGAUAUGCAGAUGAUUUGAUCAAGAUCUUUAUAGCCCUGUUAUCAUCCCAUGAUUAG